AUGGGAGAAAUGGGAGACUUGAAUCCACCACCAGCUUUGACGCAGGAUAGCCGGAUGCUGAUCCUACCAUAUGAGAUUCUCUUACUUGUCGCAGAGUCACUUCCGCUUCGCUCGUGGAAUGCCCUUGCGCGAACAUGCAGACAUCUUUACAAUGUCUUCAUGCCAUCGUUGUAUUCUAUAGCCGUCAGUACCAAGAACGGCGAAGGUGAUGUCUUCGAAUGGGCUGCAAGAAAGGGCCGCCUUGACACUAUUCACCGGAUCAUGAAUUACGCACCUAAGGGCUACUUCAACUGCGUUUACGGGGAGGCUGCUUUGCGUGAGGCUGCACGGACCGGACAGACAGAGAUCAUUCGUUGGUUACUGGACUCUGGCGUCGACCCCAAUUGUACACAAACAAGAAGCGGUGACUUCGAGACAGAUGAUUCUAUAUAUGGAGCCCCACCGUUGCUGAUUGCAGCCGAGAGGGGACACACUGAGGCUGCCAAGUUAUUGCUGGAUAAUAUGACUGAUUUUAACUAUGUUCGUUCUCUGGAGGAAAGUCCUGUGAUUGGGUUUGUGCGGGGGAAGCAGACAGCCUUGCUCGAGUCAAUUCUUCAGCGAGGCAUAGACGUGGACCAAAGAGAUAGAGAUGGGCAAACGGCAUUGUUUUAUGCUGUAAUGGAGAGGCACAUAUCGGGUGUGAUGCUCCUAUUGGAGUUUGGAGCAGAUAUCAAUGCGACUGACGCACACCAGGUCACUCCCCUUUAUCUUGCCUCAGAAAUGGGACAGGAAGCGGUUGUUGAGCUUUUGCUGCAAAGAGGAGCUAGGGCGGACAUAAUGGCGCAUGGAGGUCAGACGUCUCUGCAUGCUGCCACAUCGGCCAAUUCAAUCAAGGCCGUCUCUCUUCUGAUCAAGCAUGGCGCGAAUGUGAAUUCGAUUAACCGAUGGCUGGAGAGUGCUCUACAUCUAUCGCUAAGCGACCGGAUUGAAGCGGGAAUUUUGAAGCUCCUUCUGGAUGCCGGAGCGGAUUUCACCGUCCCAAACAAAGAUGGUGACACACCAUUAAAGUGUGCAUGCAUGUGGAGGGCCAAAGAGAAAGUACGGUUGCUCUUGGACGCAAUCCAAGCAAGAGAAGCCUCUUCUAACUUGCGAGAAUCAUCUACUACCUUGCUGAAUGCUGCUAUCUUUGCACAACAUGAUCUUGCAUACCGGCUCUUGGCCCAAGGAGCAGACGUUAAUACACGGAUAAAUGGCCUAGGGUGGACCCCAUUGAUACAGGUGGCGCACCAAGGACGAGACGGCCUUUUCGAUUUGGCGCUGAAAAAGAGUCUCGACGUCAAUGCAAAAGAUUGUUGGGGACGGACAGCACUCUCAUUUGCGACUGAGCAUGGCAGCGAACAUAAAGUACGUUCAUUGCUGAAAAGGAACGCCGACUAUCGUCUCCCCUGUUACAGGACGCCUUUGACAUAUGCUGCCAGAAAUCACCAUCUUCAGGUGGUAUUGCUCCUUCUUAGACACACCGAGGGCGUGGAUCUUGCUGAUGAUAGCCUUCGGUCCGCGGUGACGUCUGCGGUUGCCUUUGGUGAUGCAGAAUUCCUGGAGUUGAUACAUGAGAAGGGCAAAAUUGACCGACUCUAUCCGUACGGUGAGACGGCACUUCAACGCGCAGCAAGCAUGGGAAAUUUGCCCGUCGUAAAGUGGCUGCUUAACCAAUCUGCCGGUAUCGAUGCGGUAGGUAAUGAUAGGCGAACGCCCCUUAUGCUGGCGGUAUACAGACGUAAUGCCGCAGUUGUUAAGCAACUUCUGGAGCACGGACCCAGGCUUGACGCCCGAGAUGAUAACCAUGAGACUGUCCUUCAUUUGGCCUUUAGGGAAGAGACCAAAGGGAAGUAUGCCUCAGAGCCACCCCAUGGUACAGGUCCGUCACGCGAAACCCUAAAUUCCGAUCAUAUCUUGAAAGGCGACGUCGAAUGCGGGCACACUGUUCUUUCGAAUAUUGUAAAAAUGCUUGUCGAAGCAGGUGCUGAUUUGGAAGCGAAGAACGCAAUGGACGAGACUCCCCUGCAUUGCGCCGCCAUCAAUGGAUCUGGAUCAGCUGUUCGCCUGCUCCUCGAGAAAGGAGUAAAUGUCGAGCCACGCGACAAGUCGGCGCUUGUUCCCUUACUUUUGGCGGCUUCAAAGGGCCAUACAGCAGUUGUCUGUCUUCUGUUGGAGUACAGUGCAAGUAUUGACUCCACCAAUGCAGAUGGCGACACAGCGUUGAUGAUUGCCGCGCAUAAUGGCCACCACGAAACGAUUCUAAGUCUUCUGGCAAGGUCUGCCGGAAUAAACCGCGUCAAUCACGCUCACCGAACCGCUCUGUCACAGGCCGCGGAGAAAGGCCACUACAAGGUUGUCGAGAUCUUGCUGCAGUAUGGCGCAGAAGUCGACUUGCCGGAUCAUACAGGCCAAACCCCGCUGGUUUGGGCGAUACAAAAGGGAAAUGAGCGAUGUGUCGAGCUCCUUGUCCAAGGAUGCGCUGAUGUUACGAGAGGGGACAUUAAGGGCCGAACACCGCUCUGGUGGGCAUCGAGGGAUGAGACAAACUCACAGAAGAGUCGUGAUGCGCUUAUUCGAAUCCUCUAUGACCGUCAUCCUGCUUCAAGCUGA